GUGACACAGCAACUGCCUCAGCUGCACCUCAGGGCUGCGUCCCAGGCGACUGCAGCCACUCCUGCCUCGCCAUGGACCUGGUGGCACGUCUGGUGCGCGCUCUGCUCCUGCCGGCCCUGCUGCUGGCAGUGCUGCCCUGCCCAGGAGUGGCCAAGGAGCUCUGCCCAGAGCCCUGCCACUGCCCACAGCAUGGACAUCUGGACUGCCAGGACAUGGGCCUGGCCACCGUGCCCCCAGCCAGCCGCCACUGGCCCCUCACCAUCCUAGAUUUCACUGGCAACUCCAUUGCUGGUAUUGGAAAACAAACCUGGAAAGACUAUCCAUGGACCGAGACCUUAGUGCUGAGGGACAAUGAGCUGCAGGCAGUGAAGAGCCAUUCCCUGGAGGGGCUGUUCCUGCUGAAGCACCUGGAUUUGUCCUGCAAUGAGAUCCUGUCCAUUGAGGAACAGGCUUUUGAAUCACUGCCUUUCCUGAAGCUUCUAAACCUCUCUGGGAAUGGCCUCACUCAGAUCCGCAGCAGCACUUUCCAGGCCUGGCAUGGGAUGGAGUUUCUCCAGGAGCUGAUCCUCAGCCAUAACCCACUGGCUCUCAUUGCUGACGCUGCCUUCUUCAAGCUGCCCUCGGUGAGCUCUCUAGACCUGAGUGCCACCCAAGUGCCUCCGCAGACGCUGCUGCUGCUCCUGCAGACCACACUGAGCUUGGAAACCCUCCAAGUGCCCAAGAAGGUGGCCUGCUGCCUGUGCCAGGAGCGUCCCCUGCCCGAGACCCCGUGCAGGAGGAUCCAGUUCCUCUGCGAGAAGCUGUGCAGCGCCAGCGCCCCGCACUGCGGUCACACAAGUCAGAAAGAGACAUGGGGAGAAAUCAUGGAUAUGGAACAACCCCCAGAACUGGACGCCAGCCCAGUGCUGAGCCGCAAGCACAAGAAGCCUUUGGUGGGAGAUCACGGAACUGUAAUACUUGCGCUUGUCCUGACCCAGAGCACUGAGGGUGAUGUCAGCAGCCUGCACGAUUCCAGAAGCAAUUCAUAUCCCACUCAGCAUCUCUCGGGGCGCAAAGGCAAAACGAGUGUUGAUGACUUGAUGAACAAGCUCAAGAGGAUGCUGCUCAAGAAGAAGCUGCACAAAUCUAAAAGCACCAGGAUUGCACGAAGCAUUAUCCCAUACCCGGCCCAGCUUGCCAGGCUGAAGGAUGUGGUGGAAAAGACACCCUCGAGCUGGGAUCUAGAGGAGAUGGAGUCACGUUCAAACUGGCAGGGAUUAAACCCCUCGGAUGUAGCUGGUGGAUUAAACCGUGCUUACCUUGCCUCUAUCACUGGACAAGACGGAGAUGAGGAGGAAGAUGCAGCUCCCAGGAAGAACUACGUUAGCGCACACAAACGGCACAGGAAGGAGGACAGCCACUAUGGGGUUGGACAUUCCUCUCUGGGCGGGCACCCCCUGAUCUUCCGUGACACCAGAGAGGAGGAAGACUCCACGAUCCUCAACAAACCUUGGAGCCCCCGGAGCCCAGACCUUGCGCUGGUGUCAGGAGAACUCUUGGAAACCACGCUUGAUGAUCAGCAGCAGCUUCUGGAGCCGGACAAAGGCAUGCGAAUGUUCACGGACCACGUGGAGCGGGCCCUGAGGAGGGACUGCAACCUGCCCCAGCUGAAGGAGGUCUGUGCCAAGAUGGUCUCUAAGACCAGGCUUCUUCUAAAUCUGCUCAGUGAGAGGCAAGAGAACCAGGGAGCCUCUGAUCACAGAGGCCACUGUCGUGUGCAGGAGAACAUGAUCAUUCACAUGGCCUUGGGGAAGGGCAAGAAACUCACAAGGAAGAAACUAGAGGUGGUGCUGUAUGUGAUCACGUCUGUGUUUUUGCUGGCUUUCUUCAUCAUCGCUUUUCUGAUACUGAAGUGUAUCUCCCAGAAGCGCUCCCGACCGUGUGACCCUGACUGCCAACCCUGCCACACCAGGACCUCCUGCCUGGGAAGGUUCUGUGUAGGAGGGAGGAAGGAUAACAAGCAGCCACAGGAUGCGGAGCAGAAACGGGCAGGGACCUCCUCCCAGUGUUGCCCCUCUUCUGACACUGUUAAUGGUCCUUGCCAGUGCUGUUCCCUGUUCAAAAAGUCUGAACUGCCGUGGAUUGAACGCAUGAGGAAUGCCUAUGAAUCCCAGAUAUAAGGAUUCCAGGAGGAGACAUAAAGUGAAGAACUCAGGAGGAAGACUUUCAAGGAGAAGUUAAUGGGAUGCCAAGAAUUCUUCACCUCUCAUUUUUGUAAAGGAAUUGCUUAGACUCACGCUGGAUGCUUUUUC